GCCGAUCUCGCCUGCAGGCGGCUUCAGUUGUCAGUGCGCCUGCGUGCGGGGCUGGCGCCUAGGUUCUGACUGAGGCGCCGGCUGCUGAGUAGAGGUAGCCAUGCAGCGAUCCGACUCGGAGCAGCCCGCUAAGCGGCCCCGAUGCGACGGCAGCCCAAGAACGCCACCAAACACUCCCGCAAGGACGGACAAAUACCCGCUGCUGGAACUCCACCCCGACCACCGGACCUGGGACCCGGAGCAGGUGUGCUCCUACUUGCAGAGCUGUGGCUUCGAAAAAUCAGGACUCCUGAAAAACUUCCGAGAAAAUAAAAUCACAGGUUCAUUACUGCCUUUUUUGGAUGAGUCUCUUCUUGAAAACCUUGGAGUAAGUUCCUUGGAGGACAGGAAGAAGCUGCUUAAUUAUAUCCGACAAUUGAGUCAAACUCAGGCUGAGCCAAUGAAGGUAAUUAACGACCCUAUCCAUGGCCAUAUUGAGCUGCACCCUCUUCUAAUUCGAAUUAUUGACACACCUCAGUUUCAGCGACUUCGAUAUAUUAAACAGUUGGGAGGCGGCUACUAUGUUUUUCCAGGAGCUUCACACAAUCGAUUUGAGCAUAGUCUAGGGGUCGGAUAUCUAGCUGGAUGUCUAGUUCGUGAACUGUGUGACAAGCAACCAGAGCUGCAGAUAAGUGAGCGAGAUAUGCUCUGUGUUCAGAUUGCUGGGCUUUGUCACGAUCUUGGUCAUGGGCCAUUUUCUCAUAUGUUUGAUGGAAGAUUUAUUCCACUUGCUCGACCAGAGGUGAAAUGGACGCAUGAACAGGGAUCAGUUCAGAUGUUUGAGUACUUAGUUAAUUCUAAUGGACUCAGGACUGUCAUGGAACAGUAUGGUCUCAUCCCUGAGGAAGAUAUUUGUUUUAUCAAGGAACAAAUUGCAGGACCACUUGAAUCACCAGCUAAAGAUUCUUUGUGGCCAUAUAAAGGACGUCCUGAAGAGAAAAGCUUCCUUUAUGAGAUAGUGGCUAAUAAAAGAAAUGGCAUUGAUGUAGAUAAAUGGGAUUAUUUUGCCAGGGACUGCCAUCAUCUUGGAAUCCAAAAUAAUUUUGAUUACAAGCGCUUUCUUAAGUUUGUCCGUGUCUGUGAAGUGGAUAAUAGGAAGCAUAUUUGCACUAGAGAUAAGGAGGUGGGAAAUCUGUAUGACAUGUUCCAUACACGUAACAGUUUACACCGCAGAGCUUAUCAACAUAAAGUUGGUAACAUCAUUGAUACAAUGAUUACAGAUGCUUUCCUCAAAGCAGACCCCUACAUAAAGAUUUUAGGUGCUGAAGGGAAAAAAUACCGCAUUUCUACAGCAAUUGAUGACAUGGAAGCCUUCACCAAGCUGACAGAUAACAUUUUUCUGGAGAUUUUACACUCUACUGAUCCCAACUUGGAUGCUGCACGAGAAGUUUUAAAAAAUAUUGAAUGCCGUAAUCUGUAUAAAUAUCUCGGUGAGACCCAGCCUGGGAAACGGAUUAUGAGGGAAGACUAUGAACACCUUCCAAAACAGGUUGCUGAUGCUAAACCUCUGGAAAUGUUCCUGGAAGCUGAAUUAAAGGCCGAAGAUUUCAUAGUGGAUGUUAUCAACAUGGAUUAUGGAAUGGAAGAUAAGAAUCCAAUUGAUCAUGUUCGGUUCUAUUGUAAGAGUCACCCUUACAAGGCAAUCAUGAUUACUAAAGAUCAGGUCUCACAGCUUCUGCCAGAGAGAUUUGCAGAGCAGCUAAUUCGAGUGUAUUGUAAGAAGAUGGAUAGUAAGAGUAUAUAUGCUGCCAAACAACACUUUGUUCACUGGUGUGCAAUCAGUGACUUCACAAAGCCACAGGAUGGUGAUAUUGUAGCCCCCCUGAUAACACCUCAAAAACCAGAGUGGCGUCCUAGACCAGUUCACCCCACAGAACCAUCCAGAAGCAAAGUCCAGCUGUUUAAGGGUGACUCCGUGGUGCUCAAGGAUGAGUCUACACUGCCUGACGAUGAUGCCAUGUGAAACUCUGCAAUUGCCUGUUAGCAAAACGCCUUCCCCUAGGGGCUGGGAAUUUAGCUCAGCGGCAUAAGCGCCUGCCUUGCAAGCAGGCAGUCGUGAGUUCGAUCCCUGGUACCGAUAAAAAGGAAAAAGACAAAAAAAAAAAGCCUUCCCCUGACACACGAUAGAGAAUGUAAUCGUAGAGUUCCACAGACUUAGUUACUAGUGCUUUUUAUUUUGUAUUUUGAAUGUAUACAUAUCCUAAAGGUAAGUAAUUCUUACUCAAAAAAACAAAAAAGGUAUUAGGCAAAUCUUGCACACGUUAUGAAAAGAAUUAGCUUGCCUAUUUUUAACUUUCCUAGCCUUUCUCCUUUAGUAGUCUGUUUUUUUAAAAUAACAACUUUUUUUUUACUCUAACAUCUUAUGACAGGUGAUUGUUUUUUUCUUUUCAAUUUAGAAAUGAGGCAGGGGUACAAAUUGGAAUCUGAAGUUAGAAUUGUCAUGAAUAGACAUUAAAAAUAGAACAAACUAGUCCCUACAGAGAUGUCAUCACCACCCCAAGUUUGAGGCUAGUGCUCCUUAAGUGAUCAGAGGAAGGACACCUGCCCUACUCUCCUAGCUCUGGUAAGCUGCCAGGUGAGGGCAAACAGUAGGAAGUGAAAGAGGACUAGCUCCAACUCUGGUGAGAGAUCUGAGGAUUCGGGCCUUGUUUUUCCUUUUUUUUUUUUUUCGUGGUACUGGGAAUGGAGCCCAGGGCUUUGUGCGUGUUGGGCCAGUACUGUACCAAUGAACUGAGCCAUAUUCCCAGUGCAGACCUCUUCCUCAUGAGAGCAUGAUGAAGCUCUCUUUUAGGAGACCAUAGAAGCAGAGGGAUCCCUCAGACCAGGCUACUCUCUUAAGUUAGCUGUUGUCCAGGCUGGGAGUUUCUGUCUCUUCUGAGUCCUCACUGCACCAGCCCCAGGGCCUCACCUCUGCCCAGCUGAGAGUGAACUCCCCGUCCCUCUGCCUGCUUUCUGAGUCUGCCUGGAAAAUGGCUCUGGACAUUGCAAGAACUAUCCUUGGGACCACUCUUACCUGAGCCUGUUUUUGCUGGUUCAAUGCAUUCUAUGGCUUUCAAAGCAAACUGGACUACACUGCCUUUGCUGAGGUUCAGGACUGCCCAGUGUAUCCCAGGUUCCCCUUUGUAACUUGAUUUUCCCAGCCAUGGGGUGUGUACCACCCAGGUUGAGCAUGGCAGCUGUCCCCAGGGAACCUGUCCCAUACCUUAGGCUGUAGAAAGUCACCAAGAACAAGAUCCGGAGUGGGAGCCAAAAGGGGUGGUGACAAGAGGGUGCUGGAGAUGCAGGGAAGUGGGGACAGAGGCCUUGAUCCCUAACUUUUUACACACUGGUGUCUUCUGAUCACUCCCUAAGAAAGUGACAGCAGAUCACUCAUGCUGUCACGUUGCACUAUGUGAGUAGACUCUGUUCUGUCCACUCUCAGUGAAGUAUUUGGAGUCUGCCAUCCUGUGUUCCCAUGCCGUCCUCCUUCAGUAAAGAAUCAGGCCACCCUGUCUCAUCACAGUGCUGCUCAUGUGGGGACGCUUGUUGACGCACAAGUGAGGCCCUGGCCUGUAUCUGCCUAGCCAGGUACCUCUAACACAUUCAGGGGAGACACCCAUAGUCUCAACCUCAUGUGCCCAGACCGAGUUCAAGAAUGUGGUACUUUCCUAAGAUUGUUUUGUCUCUGCCAACUUGAUUUUAAAAUCAUUUGUGGUUAACUCUGGAAUUUUGUAGCCCUAAUACUGUAUCAUUAUGUUAUCUGAGAAGUGAAUCUGUUUCGUUCACAUCUUUUUUCCCAUGUAAGACAACUGCACUUUAUCCUGUUUGCAACUGUUUUAACUGCCAGAGCCUUGUGCCAUUUACAAGCAUAAAUUUUUCUUAAGAAACAUCAUAGCUGUAUAAAAAUGGAGAAUUUAACAGCUUAGUCUCUAGAGUUACUGAGCUUUGUCUUAAGAAUGCAAAUAGUACUUCAGCUUGAAGGGACUCUGACUUAACUGAGUCUGGAAAACAGCUGCAAUAAAGCUCUGAGAACUGUUCCAUCCUGAAGCCAGCAGUGUGCUCCAUCACCACUCUGUCCUGCAUGGUCAUGUACCUGGACCCUUCCUUGCAGAGCAAAGUGACUUGUGUAGGACUCCAUCCAGGUCCUUCUUGGCAUCUCAACACUGUGCUGCAUCUGCCAGGGCAUGGGAUUAACACCAUCCUGGGAGUAGUUUUUCUCAAGCAGUGGAGCAAGUUAGGAGUGUUUUUCCUUCUGUCAAGAGGCAGGCCCUGGUUAGGGAGGGAUAUGCAGGUUUCUUAGAGCUGGCUGGCCAUAAAACAUACUCCUUUCUCUUUCUGAACCUGCUUGAGGUUGGUUCUACAACAGUUCCGUUUCUUUGCCCAAAUAUGCACAUUGUUCAUUUGCUGCUUUUAUGUUUUCCCUGUGAAAUCAAGUAAUGAAUACAAAAAUCCCCCAUGUGUUAGAACCGGCAAGAAAAGCAACAUGAUACUAGAGUCUUUAUUGGUUUCAUUGACUGAGCACAAGUUUCUAAGGUUUGAUAGUAUUCUCUCUCUUUUUUUUUUUUUUUCAGUAUUCUUUUUUUGAUAGUAUUCUUUAAAGUGAUUUCUAAAACAUGCAAAGCAGCAUCCCAUUUGUGUGUGUAUAUCUAUUUAUAUAUAUACAUCUAUAGAAAAUUAUUUGUAAUGUUACUGUUGUGAGAGGAGUUGAAUCUUAGGCAAUAUUAAUUUUUAACGUGAUCUGGUUUUCUGCAAAUAAAUAUGUUGCAUUAACUGUAGAA